AUGGAAAUUAAUAACCAAACUGCUAUUUAUAAAACUAAUUUCAGGUUGUUGGGUUUGUCCAGUACACCAGGACAUCAGAUAUUCAUCUUUUGGAUAUUUGCUCUCAUGUAUGCAUCAGCUUUGACUGGCAACUUCCUCCUGAUUCUUGCCAUUGGCGUUUGUAGUAAACUCCACACACCUAUGUACUUCCUUUUGGUCAAUCUCUCUGUAGUCAAUAUUUGCACUAUCUCUGUAUCAGUUCCCAAAAUGCUUCACAAUAUUUUGAAUAAAAAAAGGAUCAUCUCAUUUUCAGGCUGUACUAUUCAAGUGUUUCUUUCACUUUGGGCUCUGGGGACAGAGAUUCUCUUACUUUCUUGUAUGGCUUUUGAUCGAUAUGCUGCUAUUUGCCAGCCAUUGCAUUACAUGGUCAUUAUGAAGAAAGAGGUGUGUAUCGGAUUAGCCACUGGAGCCUGGAUUGUAGGAAUGGCUAGUUCUGCAAUUAAUGCUGGCCUUUUGCUAAGGCUGUCCUUCUGUGAUUCUAAAGAUAUCAACCAUUUUUUCUGUGAACUGCAUCCACUGUGGAAACUCUCUUGCUCUGACAUCAGCCUAAAUGAAACAAUGGCAUUUGCAGCUGAUGUGACCUUCACAUUGAGCGGCUGUAUUCCUACACUAACGUCUUAUCUAUUUAUUUUGAGAACUAUCAUGAAGAUCCAAUCAGUCAAAGGGAAAAAGAAAGCAUUCUCUACUUGUUCUUCCCAUCUACUAGUAGUAAGUUUUUAUUUUUCCACACUUAUGUACAUAUAUGGUAAACCAUCAUCUCCCAAUGAUGAAGAAGAAUACAAGAAUAUUGCUAUAAUUUACUCUGUGGUAACCCCAGUGCUUAAUCCACUUAUAUAUUCCCUUAGAAAUAAAGAUGUUAAAGAGACUCUAACAAAAUUGUUAUGGAGAAAGAAAACAUUCCAGCAAAAAUGA